AUGGGGGUCGACGAGUUUCUUGAUCUCCUGGGCGAGGAGGUUGAGGAUCCUGAUGAAGAAACUUUCCUGCUCUUCUCGCAGCCCAUACCCUCCCAGAACCUAGGAUUCCUCGAUCCCAAGGCGACGGCAGUGGAGGUAAGCAUUGCCGGGAAGGAGUACGCCAUCCAGCAGUCGCCUGGGAUAUUAGAGUCUUCCCGCGCCGGUGGGACCACAGGUGCCGUCCUAUGGAAAAUCACACCCCUCUUCGCGGAAUGGCUGUCCUCCCCCUCCAACAUCCUCUUCCAAACCUCCGUCUUAACCCCAACGUCCGCCGUACUCGAGCUGGGCUGCGGCACCUCGGGCCUAAUCGCCCUCGUAGCGGCGCCAAAAAUAUCCCGGUACACGCUGACGGAUCAAGCCUACGUAUCCAAGGUCCUCACGGCCAACCUCUCCGCGAACAGCAGCACCACUGCCAAAUCCAAAACAUCCUCAUCCGGUACGAAGAAGUCGAAAACCACGCCGAAAGAGGGUGAAAAAGGUGAGGGGGCUUUCUUUUACGGCGCCGACAAAAACAUCACCUUCGCCCCGCUAGAUUGGGAAAAGGAUCUCCCCACACCUUCCCUAACCUCCCACCCGGGCACCAAGAGCUUCGACGUCGUAAUCGCCUGCGACUGCGUCUACAACGAGGCCCUCGUGAAACCCCUCGUAACAACCUGCGCCGAGGCAUGUAAGCUUCGGUUAUUGGAUGGGAAUGGCGACGAUGGCGGGCGGCCGCCGACGGUUUGUAUCGUUGCGCAGCAGUUGAGGGAUCCGGAUGUCUUUGGGACGUGGAUGGAGGCGUUCUGGGGGAGGUUUAGGACUUGGAGGGUUGGUGGGGAGUUGGCUCGGGAAAUGGGCGAGGGGUCGGGGUUUGUGGUUCAUGUUGGCGUAUUGAGGGGAGGUCCGUAA